AUGAUCCUAAUGCGUCUCCUCGGGAGAAACAGCAUCCCGGGCUUCCCGGCGUCAGGACAGACCAAUCCCGAAGGAACAGACCAAUCCCGGAGGAACAGACCAAGCCUGAAGGAACAGACCAAUCCCGGAGGAACAGACCCAGCCCGAAGGAAUAGACAAUCCCGAAGAAACAGACAAUCCCGGGAGGAAACGACAAUCCCCAAGGAAACAGACAAUCCCGAAGGAACAGACCAAUCCCGAAGGAACAGACCCAUCCCGAAGGAACAGACCCAUCCCGAAGGAACAGAUGCAUCCCUGAGGAACAGACUCAUCCUGGAGGAACAGAAACAGACCCCCCCGGAGGAACAGACCAAUCCCGGAGGGAAAAGACAAUCCCCGGGGGAACAGACCAAUCCCGGAGGAACAGACCAAUCCCGGAGGAACAGACCAACACCGGAGGAACAGACCAAACCGGAGGAGCAGACCAAUCCCCGGAGGAACAGACCAAUCCCGGAGGAACAGACCAACUCCGGAGGAGCAGACCAAUACCGGAGGAACAGACCAAUCCCGGGAGAGGAACAGACAAAUCCGAGAGCAGACCAUCCCGGAGGAACAGACCAAUCCCGGAGGAACAGACCAACUCCGGAGGAGCAGACCUAUCCCGGAGGAAAAAGACCAAAUCCGGGGAAAGACAACCGAUGGAACAGACCCAAACCCCGGGGGAACAGACCUAUCCCCGAGGAACAGACCAACGGGGGAGCCAACCUUCCCGGAGGAACAGGACCAAAAUCCGGAGGAAAUGACCAAUCCCGAUGGAACAGACCAACUCCGGAGGAGCAGACCUAUCCCGGAGGAACAGACCAACUCCGGAGGAGCAGACCCAUCCCCGGGGGAAAAAGACCCAACCCGGAGGAAAUGACCAAUCCCGAUGGAACAGACCAAUCCCGGAGGAACAGACCAACUCCGGAGGAGCAGACCUAUCCCCGGAGGAACAGACCAACCCGGAGGAGCAGACCCAUCCCCGGAGGAACAGACCAACUCCCGGAGGGGGGCAGACCAAUCCCGGAGGAAAACCAACUCCGGAGGAACAGACCAAUCCCCGGGGGAGCAGACCAAUCCGGAGGAACAGACCAACUCCCGGGGGAGGGAGACCAAUCCCGGAGGAACAGACCAAUCCCCCGGAGGGAAAAGACCAACUCCGGAGGAGCAGACCAAUCCCGGAGGAACAGACCAACUCCGGAGGAGCAGACCAAUCCCGGAGGAACAGACCCAUCCCGAAGGAACAGACCAACUCCGGAGGAAAUGACCAAUUCCGGUGGAGCAGACCAAUCCCGGAGGAAUAGUUUAGUCCCAAAGGAACAAAUCAAUACCAGAGGAACAACCCAGACCCGAGGAAACAGACCAAUCCCGAAGGAACAGACCCAUCCGAAGGCCUCUCCCUAUGCUCCGUCUUCGGCGAGUAGGAGGAGAUAA